GUUGAAAGAUGUUCUUUUUCUCCCUUUUCCGCAAAUCCAUUUAGAUAUUUCAUAGCUCACAGCCUUGUUCAAAUUCCAAUUUGUUUGGGGAAUGAUCUAUAUUUGGUUUGAUAGAAUUCGGAGCUGAGGUUUUUCUGCAAUGGGGAUAGAAGUCUGAGUUUCUGGAUUCAAGUUACAUUUUCUGCUCAUAAAGAUUUCUACUUGCUCUUGACCAGACAUUUUCUGCGCACAAAGAUUUCUUCUUGCUGUUGACCAGGCUAAAAUGGAUCGUGAGGAUUGCUUUCAAGAAAUUUCGGAGCGAAAAUAUGAAUGCCUACUUUUUGAUGUUGAUGACACCCUCUACCCAUUUAGUUCUGGUAUUUCAGCUCAAUGCACUUUGAACAUAAAUGAAUACAUGAUUGAAAAGCUUGGUAUUGAAGCCACCAAAGUUCCAGAAAUGUGUGUGCAACUUUACAAGGACUAUGGAACAACAAUGGCUGGUUUGAGGGCCAUCGGCUAUGACUUCGAUUAUGAUGAGUACCACAGCUUUGUCCAUGGGCGAUUGCCUUAUGAGCUCUUAAAGCCAGAUCCUGUUCUGAAGAAUCUCUUACACAGCUUGCCUGUCCGAAAAGUUAUAUUUUCGAAUGCAAAUGAAGCCCAUGUGGCCAUGGUCCUAAGCCGAUUGGGUCUUGAGGAUUGCUUUGAUGAUAUUAUCUGUUUCGAGACUCUGAAUCCCCCUCGCCCCAGUAGUGCACCACAAGGCCUGAAUAGUAAUGGAUUUCCCAAGUCUCCAGUUGUAUGCAAACCAUUCGAAGAAGCCUUUGAAAAGGCUUUCAAAAUUGCUGAUAUCAAUCCCAAGCGCACGCUGUUUCUUGACGACUCCAUCCGAAACCUGCAGACAGCGAAACACACUGGUCUCAACACAGUGUGGGUGGGGGGCUCGCAUCCAACAACGGGAGUGGAUUAUGCUCUAGAGAGCAUCCACAAUAUGAAGGAGGCGCUCCCAGAGAUAUGGGAAACGGCUGUAAAGACAGAUGAUAUUCGCUAUUCAGAGAAAGCUGCAAUUGGAGUCCAAGCUUAAAUAAGAACAGAUGCCUCCCAUGUUUCUAUCUUUGUUUAUUCCUUUGGUUAGGAAAAAUACUGAAAAAUAAUUGAAGGAAACAUUGUGUAUGAAGACUGCAUUGUUCAUUUGAUCUACCUAUUAUACACAUCAUGUUCUAAGUGUACCAACUGAUUAUUUAUUUAUUUAUAUAAAAUUUCUUCAUCCCU